ACUGCCCUACAGUUGUUAAAAUAAAAGCCGCCAAAAAAAAGAUCGAAAAAGAAAAAAUGCCAAAAAAGAACCGCCAAAAAGGAAGAAUCGCCCCCAAAAAAAGAAUAACCCAAAAAAAGAGACGUCAGAAAAAAAAAGCCGCCAGAAAAGAACCACCAGAAAGGAACCGCCGUGCCAAAAAAGAACCGCCAAAAAGAAGGAUCGCCCCAAAAAAAGAAUCGCCCAAAAAAAGAGCCGAACCGCCGAAAAAAAAGGACCACCGAAAAGAACCGCAAAAAAAAAGAUUUAACCGAAGAAUUGUAACUGAGAAACUUCAAUAUAGCUUUAGACAGAAAUGUUUACCUAAGGUUAUUUUAAGUGAAGAAACGUCCGAUUCUUCAUCCGAAGAGUCUGUGUCAUAUAUGA